UAACGUCUUCCCGUUACGAACGAGUAAAUAUCGCACACCCGUUUUGCAAGCGUUGUCGUCGAAUCAGAACCCUAAACCCUAGCGUCUUCCGUCUCGCGCUCCGGCCCCUGCGAGUUCACGGCGACGCGGCCGAUGGAGUACGUUGAUUCCCUCACCGGGUUCAGAUUAGACGGGCGUCGUCCCAAUGACAUGAGGCAGAUUCGUGGGGAGAUUGGUGUUGUUGCGAAGGCCGAUGGUUCUGCGCUUUUCGAGAUGGGAAACACCAAGGUCAUUGCUGCUGUAUAUGGACCAAGGGAGGUCCAAAACAGAAGCCAGCAGGUUAAUAACCAGGCACUGGUGCGCUGUGAGUAUAGCAUGGCUAAUUUUAGCACUGGGGAUCGUGCAAGGAGGCCGAAGGGUGACAGGCGGUCUACAGAAAUAUCUUUGGUUAUCCGUCAAACAAUGGAAGCAUGCAUACUAACACAUUUAAUGCCACGUUCGCAGAUUGACAUUUUUGUUCAAGUUCUACAAGCUGAUGGUGGAACUAGAUCAGCUUGCAUCAAUGCUGCAACCUUGGCACUGGCUGAUGCCGGUAUUCCUAUGUGUGAUAUUGUCACAUCCUGUAGUGCUGGAUAUCUUUCCUCCACACCUUUGCUUGAUCUAAACUAUAUUGAAGAUAGUGCUGGAGGUCCAGAUGUUACUGUGGGAAUUCUAGCAAAGAUGGAUAAAGUGACUCUUCUUCAGAUGGAUGCCAAACUACCAAUGGAUAUAUUUGAAAAUGUUAUGCAACUUGCAAUUGAAGGAUGCAAGGCUAUUGCUCAGUACAUACGAGGCGUUUUAUUAGAGAAUACAAAGCAGCUGGAGUGUCGCAGGGGUGUUUGAGAGGCUACUAAAAACUGUUUCUAAAGGCUAUUACUUCUGGACUAUAAGCCUUGGAAUUACUCCAUCAACUCAAGUGUGAUUAGGAACUUGACCUGCAGCGACACCACAUUACCUAGGAGGACACUUCUUCCUUUCCUUUAGACAGGCACUAAGAUCAAGCUGUUUGUCCUGCAAAGAUGGUGGCACAAGAGGGAGCAUGUGUGGUUUGUAUGACUUGGAGUUUUGGGUUAAUUGUCGCAUAAAACAAAUGUUUUGUGAUAUAGCUCUUUAGACUUGCUCAUCAUUAUUCUGUCAUGUGAUUUGCCACCAAAAAAAAGUAGAAGAAUGCCAUGGAAGCCAUCAUAA